GAUCUGGUAAAGAGUCACUUGAUGUACGCGGUGAGGGAGGAAGUGGAGGUCCUCAAAGAGCAAAUCAAAGAGCUGAUAGAGAAGAACUCCCAGCUGGAGCAAGAAAACACUCUGCUAAAAACACUGGCCAGCCCGGAGCAGCUUGCCCAGUUCCAAGCACAGCUGCAGACUGGUUCCCCGCCUUCCUCUUCCCAGUCACAAGGGACAACACAGCAGCCUGCUCAGCCGGCAUCACAGGGGUCAGGGCCUUCAGCGUAG